GCUACUAAGGGCACUAAGGCUGCUAAAAAUACAAAGACUACUAAGGGUACUAAAGGCGAUAAAUUCACUAAGGGCGAUAAGACAAAAUUAGAAGGAAAGAAAUUUCGCAAAAAUAACCUGGGAAAAUUAGCCGUAGCAAGGAUGCAUAUGGAUGAAGAAAAGAAUACACACUUAGAAUUAUCAAAAAGAGAAAAAAAUUUUAAAUUGGGAUUAACGAACAUUGAUAUAAUGGCAGAAAUAACAUUUUUAAUCGCAAACUUCAUAGAAGAAUUACGAGCAUCAGAAAAUGCAAAAAAAAAAAAAGAUAUUGCAGAAGAAUUUGUUACAAAACAAGAAUUAGCAACAUUGGUAAAAGAAGCAGAAAAAGAAGCAAAAAAAGUAGAAAACAAAUCAUUACCCACAGGUGCUAUACUUGAAGCGUUAGAAAAUUUAAAAAAUGAUUCAUUGAAUGAAAAUAGGGAUAUGGAAAAUAUGGGACAUGCAAAAAUUAUAAACAGCAUAACACAUUUUAUGCCUGAUAUCAGAAGUGUGAUUCCAUUAUAA